GUCUCGUCUCGUCUCGUCUCGAUGCCGCCCUUCAUCCACAGCGCUCUCCGGACGUGACCGCGGUCAAUGAAGUCUUGGGGGAAUGAUGGCUGUAGUGACAUGGAAGGAGAUUUGCCUGUUGGCUGGAGUGGUGCUGGGCUGCUACUGGAACAGCUUAUCCUGCGGCUUUGUGUUCGAUGAUGUCUCUGCUAUACUGGACAACAAGGACUUGCGGCCAUCCACCCCGCUUGUAAACCUCUUUCUUAAUGACUUCUGGGGGACGCCGAUGUCUGAGGAGAGGAGCCACAAGUCCUAUCGGCCCCUCACAGUCCUCACUUUCAGGUUGAACUACCUGAUCAGCGAGCUGGGGGCCAUGUCCUACCACCUGCUGAACAUGCUGCUGCAUGCAGUUGUGUGUGUCCUCUUCCUGCGCGUCAGUCGAAUCAUCCUGGAUAACACCUCAAGCCUUGUGGCGGCCCUGCUGUUUGCUGUUCAUCCAAUCCACACAGAAGCAGUCACUGGUGUUGUUGGGAGAGCUGAGCUGCUGUCAUCUAUUUUCCUCCUGGCAGCGUUCUUGUCCUACACCAAAUCCAAAGGCUCCGACCACUCUAUCGUUUGGACUCCUAUUGCACUGACAGUGGUUCUCGUUGCUGCGGCCACAUUGUGUAAGGAGCAGGGCAUAACCGUCAUCGGCAUCUGCUGCGUGUACGAAGUAUUUGUUGCUCAAGGGUUCACAUUGCCCAUGCUGAUUGAUACGAUGCUCCAGGUCGUCCGGGGAAAGGACGGUUUGCCAUACACGCUUCUGCAAACCUUGCUGAAGCUGAUCGUCCUCAUCAUCAGCACCCUGCUGUUGGUGAUCAUUCGAGUUCAAGUCAUCCAGUCUCAGCUGCCAGUUUUUACCAGAUUUGAUAAUCCUGCAGCUGUCAGCCAGACACCUGCAAGGCAGCUCACGUUCAACUACCUCCUCCCUGUCAAUGCGUGGCUCCUCCUCAACCCCUCUGAACUCUGCUGUGAUUGGACCAUGGGAACCAUCCCGCUGGUGGAGUCGCUGUUGGAUGUCAGGAAUUUGGCAACGCUCACAUUCUAUUCACUACUGAGCGUGCUAGCGUUUCAGAGUCUCCGUCACUCCACCAAGUCAGCGAAGACAGUUAUCAUGGCCCUGUCCUUGGUCGUCCUUCCGUUUAUCCCGGCUUCAAAUCUCUUUUUCCCAGUGGGCUUUGUGGUGGCUGAGAGGGUCCUGUACGUACCCAGCAUGGGCUUCUGUAUGUUAGUUGCUCAUGGGUUUGGAAUCCUUUCUCAUACUGGGAGCUUAAAGAAAGUGUCAUGGCUCUUCAUGGCAAUCCUUCUCACAACCCACACUGUCAAGACUUUCAACAGGAACUGGGAUUGGGAGUCAGAAUACACGCUCUUCACAUCUGCAUUAAAAGUCAAUAAGAAUAAUGCCAAGCUCUGGAACAACGUUGGCCAUGCUCUAGAGAAUCAAAAUAACUAUGAAAGAGCAUUGAAAUAUUUUCUACAGGCCACCAGAGUCCAACCAGAUGACAUUGGAGCACAUAUGAACGUGGGAAGAACAUACAAGAAUUUAAACAAAACCAAAGAAGCUGAAGAUGCCUACUUGAUUGCGAAGUCUCUCAUGCCCCAGGUAAUUCCAGGGAAGAAGUAUGCCACUCGUGUUGCUCCCAACCACCUUAAUGUCUACAUCAACUUGGCAAACCUGAUCCGUACCAACGACUCACGCCUGGAAGAGGCUGACCAGCUCUACCGGCAGGCCAUCAGCAUGAGGCCAGACUUCAAGCAAGCGUACAUAAGCAGAGGGGAGCUUCUGCUGAAGAUGAACAAGCCAUCAGAGGCCAGGGAUGCAUACCUAAGGGCCCUGGAGCUGGACGGGACCAAUGCAGACCUUUGGUACAACCUGGCUAUCGUUCACAUUGAGAUGAAAGAGCCAGCAGAGGCAUUGAAGAACUUCAAUCAUGCACUGGAGCUGAACCCAAAGCACAAACUUGCUCUUUUCAACUCUGCCCUCCUCAUGCAGGAGUCCGGUGAACCUAGGCUGAGACCAGAGGCCAAUCGAAGGUUCCUCGUAUACAUAAAGGAGGAGCCUGAUGAUGCCAAUGGCUAUUUCAACUUGGGCAUGCUUGCCAUGGAUGAAAACAAAAACGAAGCAGCAGAGAAGUGGAUGAAGAAGGCCAUCAAACUACAGCCUGGCUUCCGCAGUGCUCUGUUCAACCUGGCCCUGUUGUACUCGCAGUCCAAACGGGAGUUGGAUGCCCUGCCCGUUCUGGAGGAGCUUCUGCACCACCACCCAGAGCACGUCAAGGGCCUGGUCCUCAAGGGUGACAUCCUGAUGAAUCACAAGAAGGACACCAAGGGUGCCAAGGCAUGCUUCGAGCGCAUUCUGCAGAUGGACCCCACCAAUGUGCAGGGCAAGCACAACCUGUGCGUUGUCUACUUUGAGGAGCGGGAUCUACUCCGUGCUGAGAAGUGCCUAGAAGAGACGCUGGCGUUGGCACCUCACGAGGAGUAUGUCCGCCGGCACUUGGCCAUUGUCCGCAGCAAGAUGGCAGCCAUGAGUGCUGCUGGCCAGGGCCUGUCUCCACUGGAGAGCAGCUCUCCCUCUACCGGGGAAGGGAAAACUGUCCAUACGGAGAAGGACGAGGAGGGUGGCAACAAAAAGAAUACAUGGAAAACCCCCCCGACUCGGAGCGAGGAGUCGUCAAAGAAGCUGGAGGGUAGCCAGUCAGACAAGCGGACUAAGAGUAAAUCCACGAAAGAGAUUAAGGACAUAGAAAAGAAAAGGGCGGCUGCCCUAAAAAGACUAGAGGAGAUUGAACGUAUAUUAAGUGGUGAUUAACCUUGUUGUUUAUUGCUCUCUGUUUUUACGUGACUAUUUUAAGGACACAAAUCAGGACCUGUUUGAAUGCUGGCCCUUAUAUAAUCAGUCACAUCGUUCCUCGAGUUUGCAUGUCACAGUGUGCCCAACCAGGUUUUUUUUGUACUUUGCCGUCAUUGAAUAAACAAGGAGUAAUUUUUUUUUUUUUUUUUUUCUAGAGGGCACAUAACAUUGCAAAGCACAAUAUUUCAAGUAAUCCUAAUCUGAACCCCUCUCUGAGUAUUUUAAUAAGGUUUUUGAAUUUAUUUUUCAAUUAUUUAUUGUUUGUAUUGAUUUUCAGUUUGUGUUUGAUCACCGUUUUUUUGCGAAGGGGCAUGUAAAGUAAUAUUGUAGUAUAUAGUCACAGUAAAAGGAAAUGACUCCAGACUGAAUCCACUUUGAGAUAUGUGUAAUAACUACAAAUAACCCUCCGCAGCUGCAACACAAAAUAGCAUUACAGCAUUGAGAAGACUAGCUUUGUCCGGACUGACCAACUUCCUGCCUGAAAAAAGAAAAAAAAAAAUUCCAUGAGGUCACCCGUAUUUCCUCUGAGUGGUAUUUUGUUUUUGUUUGUGGUUACUCACGGCUUUUAUUUUCACCCUAUGGUCCAGAUAUGUCUGGUAGUCAUGCACUCUCCACACAUGCCACACUACAAGCAUCACAAAGUGCUAAUGUUCUUUCCUCUUGCUUUUCCCAAUGACACGUUUAUAAUUGUCACAGUCUAAAAUUUAAUUAAAAAUCUGUCAACGAAUGGUCUGGUUAUAAAUGAGGAGUAUGCAUAUGGUCAUUUGGAACAGUGUUUCGCAUCUAUUUAUCAACCCUACAAAGCAGGCAUCAGUUUAUUCACACACACGUUUCAAGGGGCCAUGUACCCAUUCGUAUUUGUGUGUGUGUGUAUGUUCUUAGCCAAGUUUUUAAUGUUUGAUCUCUCUCAGGACUUUAUCAAGGAGUGUAAUUCUGCACUCUUGUUCUGUCUCAACAGAAAGCAAUCUGUUUAUCUCUUCACAAUAUUUCUCACGUCACACAUGGGAGUAGUGACCGCAAACAAGCCUUUAUGGGAAAUGAUAAAGCCAGUUUUUUAACUAUUUGGCACUGAAGCAAACUGCAAAGAAACUUCAGUUUGUUCUUUACUUUAGUCUGAUUAUUGUUUACCUCACUAUGUGACAUUAAGUAUCUGCAAAACAAAAGGAGCGUUAGAUUCUUUGAAGACUCUUUGAAUUAUUUAUUUUGUGGAUAUGUAUUUUAAGUUGGACCAUUGACAUUUUUCUUCAUAUUUACUAUUUAUCAUGUACAUUUUCAGUGACAUUCAUGUAUUAGUUUCCUUGCUAUUAAGACACAACCAUUUCAGAUGAUGCAAGUAAAUAUAGAAACAUCGCAUUCUAUAGCAGUUGUCAAUUUCGUUAAAAAAAAAAAAAAAA